CGGCGCGCACAUUAACUUGCUGUCAGCAGUCCAGCUGAGUGCAGGGAACAGUGGCCGGGGGACAAGGGCUGGAACUUUCCCAGUGCGAAAACUCAGCGAAACAACUUUGACAGAGGGCUGAAAACAGAAACCUUACAGCGCAGCACCAGCCUUUCCAGAUUUCUGCUUGUUAGUAAGAGAGAGGCUGUACAAUCCUCGGCAGUGUUCUGAGACUGUAUAGCCCCCCUCCCGAUGACAAAAGGUCUCUCUUCAUUAUAAAUGGAUAUUGCUAGUGUUUAUUAGUUACGUUCUCCUUUCAUCAUUACCGUUAGCUAGCAGCUAUUUUUUUUUCGGUAGUUUUUUUUUUCCAUUAUUAUUUUUUUUUCUAUUGUGAAAACUUUUCAAAAGCACCGCUGGAAUUUCUGGAGGACACGGGAUUUGAUAAAGGACGUGUUCAGUGCUAUUUCGACCACCAUGACCGCUGAAAAAGAAAAAAAGAGGAGCAGCUCCGAGCGCCGGAAGGAAAAGUCCCGGGAUGCAGCGAGAUGCCGCAGGAGCAAGGAGACGGAGGUGUUCUAUGAGUUGGCCCACCAGCUGCCCCUGCCACACAAUGUCAGUUCUCACCUGGACAAAGCCUCUAUCAUGCGGCUGACCAUCAGUUUCCUCAGGACACGCAAACUUCUCUCCUCCACUUGGCCUGACAAUGUGAGUGAGGCAGACAGACAGAUGGACAGCCUGUACCUGAAGGCUCUGGAUGGAUUUAUUGCUGUGGUAACCCAGGACGGGGACAUGAUCUUCCUGUCUGAGAACAUCAACAAAUUCCUGGGCCUCACACAGGUGGAGCUGACAGGACACAGCAUCUUUGACUUCACUCACCCCUGCGACCAUGACGAAAUCCGGGAGAACCUCAGCUUCAAACCAGGCCAAGGCUUUGGCAAAAAGAACAAGGACUUAAACACAGAGAGGGAUUUCUUCAUGAGGAUGAAGUGCACAGUGACGAGCCGAGGGCGCACUGUUAACCUCAAGUCUGCCAGUUGGAAGGUUCUGCACUGCACUGGCCACCUCAAGGUGUACAACAGCUGCCCCCCUCAUGUGCUGUGUGGCUUCAAAGAACCCCCCCUGACCUGUGUGAUCAUGAUGUGCGUGCCGAUCCCACACCCCUCCAACAUCGACAUGCCGCUGGACAGCAAGACCUUCCUGAGCCGUCACAGCAUGGACAUGAAGUUUACUUACUGCGAUGACAGAGUGACCGAGCUCAUGGGGUACUGCCCAGAGGAUCUGUUGGGACGGUCAGUCUACGAGUUCUACCAUGCACUGGAUUCAGACAGCAUGACCAAGAGCCACCAGAACUUGUGCACCAAGGGCCAGGCAAUAAGUGGGCAGUACAGGAUGCUUGCUAAGCACGGAGGGUAUGUCUGGGUGGAGAGUCAGGGCACUGUCAUCUACAACAGCCGCAACUCCCAGCCUCAGUGCAUCGUCUGCGUCAACUACGUGCUCAGUGAGAUUGAGGAGAGCUUGGUCCUCUUCUCCAUGGACCAGACAGAGUCUUUGUUCAAGCCGCAUGUGCUGAGCAUGGGCAGCUUCUUCAGCAAUGGGGCGGCGGCGGGCGACUCCAGCGAGCUGCUCUUCACCAAGCUGAAGGAGGAGCCGGAGGAUCUGGCCCAGCUUGCACCCACGCCUGGAGACGCCAUCAUCGCCCUCGAUUUCGGAGGUCCGCAGUACGAGGAGGCGCAGAUGUACAGCAAGGCCGCCAUGGCCCCCCCCAGCAAGACAUGGCCGGUGGAGGCCCAGCAGCCCAGCGUGCAGGCUGAGGUGCCCAGCGUGGCGGCCUUUUCCGUAACCCAGCCGCCCCCCGGCAGCACCACCCCCAGCCUCAGCACCACAAGCAGCUGCUCCACGCCAAGCAGCCCUGGAGACUACUACAGCCCGAUGGACAAUGAACUCAAGGUGGAACUCACCGAGAGGCUGUUUGCAUUGGACACAGACCCAAAGAGCCCAUAUACCACACAGUCUGAGGUCAGUGACCUGGACCUGGAGACACUGGCUCCAUACAUCCCUAUGGAUGGAGAAGACUUUCAGCUGAACCCCAUCUGCCAGGAUGAAGUGCCCCUGCCAGACAGCAGUCCCAGCAGCACCCAUCACAGCUUCAGUAACAUCGCCAACCUGUUCCAGCCUUUGAGCUCCCCGCCCCCUGGCCAGUUCUGUUCCGCCGAGAAGAGGAACAGCAGCUCGACCUCACCUGACCCCCGCCCUGCACUGCCUUACCCUGCCACCACAGUGAUGCCCCCUUACCACACCCCCUCGAGCACCCCCCUUUCCUCCAUGGGUGGCAGGCAAAACCUGCAGUGGCCCCCCGACCCCCCAUUCCGGUACCCCCACAGCAAGAGGAGCAUGAUAGAGACCCGGCCUAGCAACCAAGGCCCCCAGCCACUCCCGCCCUACCGUCUGCCACUGUACAAGCAAAGGUCUCUGGAAAAUUUUGUCCAGCCACAGAAAGACAUGAGCCCUUCAAGGAUUGCUCUCGUCAACAGCUUCAAGCGCAAGAGACUUCUGGAGCUCGCAGAGCAACAUCCCUUCCAGCCACUGCCGGGGGAGGACUCUGGACAAGGCCCGCCCUCGGAAAUGAUCUGGAAGAGAAUGAGAAAUCUGAAGACCGAGAGCUGUGCUUUAAUGGAUAAGAAAUCUCUGAGUUCCAGUGCUCUGACAGAUAAGCUGAGCAGUUUGCAAAGAGGCAUGGAUCAGCCUCUUGGCUCACUCCAGCAUAGGAAGCCACAGUGCUCUGGAGGUGGUGGGGGCACUGAGCACAAGGUCACGUUUCCCGGCCAGUUCUUUGGCACCAGCUAUCGAGAGUACAGCAUGCCACCAGCCCCCAGGACAGAAGGAAUGGUGAGCUGGCUGCUGGGCCCCUCGUUUGAAUCCUACUCAUUGCCUGAGCUGACGCGCUAUGACUGCGAGGUCAACAUCCCUCUGCAAGGGAACCUAAACCUGCUUCAAGGAAGUGACCUGCUGCGCGCACUCGACCAAGCCACCUAAACAGCUCCCGCAUAACCGCUAGCCUAUAUCCUACAAAAAAAAAAGCAGCUUCUGUUUUUUAAAAUAUAUAUCUAUUUUUUUGCAAUUAGACUAUUUCUAAUAUGGAUAUGAACGAUUGUAUGUUCCGUGUGUCCACCUCCACCACAUAGUGGCCUUUCAAUGGUGUUCUCUCACACUUUCAGCCGUUACAGAUUUUUUUUUUUUAAAAAGAAAAGUAAUAAAUAAGACAUUAUAUGUUUGACUGUAACAUUUUCUCUAUUUUAAUAAAGAUUUUAUUUCCUCCUCUUCUCUAAAAAACAACCUGCUUUUCUCAUUUCUUAACUUGUUCUUUUCUCCUCUCCACUUCUUCACUGUCCCUCUGUCUGACCCUUCAUGCAGAAUGAUUUGCAUUCUGCAUUGAUGCUUCUUCAUAGAUUACAUCUUUAAUCUGACUCCACUGUGCCAGUUCCCUUCUUAACAGUAGUACUUUGUAUGGAUAUUGGACGAUGCCAUAGACAGAUCACAGGCCUGGCACAGGCCCGAUUGUUUGUGUCUUAACAAAAAUGAUAGGGCUGCAGUUCAGGCAUCAUGUAAUUCAGUUUUUAGUACCCUUAUUUUACCAGGAUUUGUAAAUAGGCUGUUAUGUGGAUGCAGAGUAAGUGGCACGCUGUUGCUUUUGUUGACCUGUCUUUGUGUGGUGGCCAAUUUAAUUAUAUAAAAAAGAGAAUAUAAAGCUGGCAGAGUUUUCUAUGCUAGUGUUUAGUAUUCAUGUGCCUUGGUACUUUGUAUUAUCUACCCAGUAGAUGCAGAGUGGAAUCCUGUUUGCUUUUAAUAUACAACAAGUGGAAAUUUUAUUUUUGUAGUGCUGGUUUUCUGUUUUGUUAUUGUGAUAGUGGCAUUCUGGAGAAAUGUGAAAACAUAACCUUGUCAUGGGGCCAGUACUACUGAUCCUCUUUAAAGAAAAGAUAAAAUUCAUUUAUCACUGUGUUCCACUCUAGACGUGUAGCAAAUUAAUGUAUUAAACAAAUGAGACAGAAUCACUUUCAACAAUAUUAAAGUGAUGGUGCUUCAUAGCUAUAAUCAACCUGCAUUUAUUUUUAAAAUGAAUUUUAGAACAUUCCUGGGAUCCAGCUUUAUUAACAUACUGUAUUCUGUAUGCGCUGAUUUUGUCUUUAAUGCUGUACACCCUUCAGAUGCAGAAUCUCUCUAAGAAAAGAUUUUCUUUCUACUAAAAAUAAUUUUCGAAGUUGCACGUUCAGUGUUAGCUACACCAGAUCGGAGAAACCUACCCCAUCCCUCAUUUUAUCACCACACCUUUGUAACCUUUGGUAUUGCUAAAUUAUAGAACAUCUAAAAAUAUGGCCUGAAGUCCUCUUUUAACUGCAGCACACCCCUCAUUAGUCUGAUUGACACCAUAGAGACUUGUAAAUUCCUUUUGGUUUGGAAGAAAAUGUCUCAGUGCUUUUUAUCCUGAAAUAUCUUAGGAUUCAAAUGUACAACCAACCUUUAAAUAGAACAGUAAUGCAUAAUGCAGAAAUGUCUUGAUUAAGAUGAUUGUCUGAUGGUACUGUAGAUUCAAAAAUACAAGUGAAAACAUUUAAGCCACAUUAAAAUUUGGUACAAUCAGAAAAAUAUAUUUAUCACCAAUUUUAGAAAGUAAGAGUUGAAUAAUGUUAUAUACAAACUCCACCCUAAUUCAAACACGCAAUCCUGAAGACCAUCAGAACCCAGCUUCGAAGUGUAUUUCAAUGAAAAGAAAUUGAUACAGGAACCUUAAAAUAACACAGUGUUGGAAGCACAUUAAGUAAUUCUAGGCAAAGAAAGUUCUUACUAAUUUAGUUCCUCAACAAAAACAUUUUACUGCCUGGAUUCCAUGACAAACACAAGCAGCAUAGCGUAUGGUGUGGUGUGUCUGGAACAGUAUUUCACAAUCCAGAUAAGCACAAAGCAUGUUAGGUUAUUUCAAGUGCACCAAGACUGGGAAAACUGAGAAGCAAAGCUUUGGUUCAAUUUUAAAAGCAUUAACCUUUACCGAUAUUAACUUUUGUAUCAUCAUUAUUUACUAAUUCGAAAAAUCUCAUUCAUUUUCAAUUUACUAUAUUUGUCACUCCAGGGUUGGCAGAAUUCUGUCCUUCCUUUUCUUUACUGCCUUACAAAGAGAUUCUGUAGCAACAGCACAACUGCCUACACCGUAUCUUCUACCAGGUGAAGAGUUGCAAAUAUUACCAAAUUAUCGAGCUUUAGAGGAGACUUUCACAACCUUAUGUUAAGACCAAGUUUUAUGAUGUCUUUUCAUGCCAAGCUACAGUAUGUUGGCAAGAACAUCUUUUAGAAUUAAAACAUUUGCCUUUUUUUUUUAAAUCGCGUUCUUCCGUUGAACCCUUAUUAAGAAGUCAUGAGCCUUAAAUUGGGACGGCACCUGUAUUAUACUGAGAGAGAAGUCAGCUCUGGCCCCCAAAUAAAUAAUCUGUUCCUUAUACUGCAAAAUGUUUUAGAAACAUCAUCACUAUCACACCAGUAAUGUAAAGACCCGGCUUACUUAAGUAAGAUUUAGAACACUUAGUACUCAGUUUGUACUUAUUAGCAAUAAGUAUUUAAUAAUACAGCAUGUUUAAACUAUUUUGAUACAGAUGUUUAAAACUAGAUUACACUAAACUUAUUCUUUCAAUAUCGUUAAAAUAAGAAGCUAGAUUCAGUAAGUUACCUACAGUAAAUCAUUUGCUGUUGGGCAUCCAACUGCUGUUGGGAUCCACAGGACAAGAAUUUGUCUUUGUAACUAGCUUGAGGGGAAACUCAAGUAUAGUGAUUAAUAGAUAAGGGGAAACUACAGACCUAUCCUUUAUGUUAGUUCUGUUCUUAGCGUGAUGGAUCUUGGUCCUUGUGCUUUUAAGUCCAGGUGGUCCAACAACAAUUCUGGAAGUUGGUAAUUUGAUCACCAUCUUCUUUUAGCUCUUCUUGUACUGUAAUUGUUAUAGGUCUAGAUUAGAAAAUCUUCAAACACAUCCUGGGACCAUCCUGGUUUUGAGCUAAUAAACCUACCAAUUCUUAAAGCAUUGCAAGGCUGGGCAUGUUUAAAACCAAUGGAGGAAGAAAUGAUUCUCUAUGGUGUCCAGUCACUACGCUGAAUGAAGGCACUCUACUAACCUUAAAUAACUCUCAAUCUGACCUGAACAGACUUUUUUUACAGCUAUGUAAUCAUGAUGUUGACAAUAUUCCAAGUUCAGUUUGACAUGUGUGCAGAAUCAUGAGAGCAUGAAUGUCUUCCUCAGAUUUGGAGAAUUAGAUCUCCAGCUAGUUUGCACACAUUUAAUGGACACUCUGUACUUUCACUCUUCAAUUACUGUUUUCAUUUUAACAGUAGUUGGUACUGCUCAUAACAGGGAAAGCUCAACAUGAAGUCACAGGUGGAGAGCCUUUUUUUGUAAAAUAUAUUUUUAAAAAUAUUUUAAAACACUUCUUAAAACUCAAUUCAGAACUAUUUUAAAUAGAACAGUAAUCCAUAAUGCAUGCAUUACUAUUUUUGAGUGUUAGAAUUCAAAGAGUUCCCAGUCACAAGGACUCGGGUCUGUGGAUAGGAAAUGAGUGAACAGGUUAUAGACCUUUUCUCUCUCCUCUCCUUUCUUUCUGUUUCUUAAAGAAAUGGCAAGUAUUACGCAUCCCACCUUCACCAAGAUCCACCGCAUCUAACACUUGUCCCCUUCUGACCAAAAAAAGGCCAAGCUGGAGGGGUUCCUCUCUUGAGUAUUGCCUACCUUGGCAAAAUCGAAAGUCCUUUCAGCACUGUCACAGACAGAGGUUUAAGAACUGCGUUCUAGUAAGUGAGGCAUACUGACAAGGUACACCUACAAGAAAGCAGUGUACCAAACUUGUAGCUCAGCUGGCACUUGAAGGAAAAAAAUGCUGGCCUUUUAGAUAUGUAUUCAUGUUUUUUGGGACUUCUUUUUAUUUCCAACCUUAAAGACAAUAUCAGCAUUUUACUAAAUGUUAUGAGGGUUUUGUUUUUUCUUUGCAAAUUCUCUGCUUUUGCCAACAUUUGAAACCUUAUAGUUACGUUAACUACUGAUAUGAAUAUUUUUCAUAGCUAAACUGCUAAAUUCAUAUUGACAAUAUUAUUAUUAAUGUAUGGGAACUUUAACCCAAUAAGAAGAUGUAUUACUGCACUGAUAUCUUAUUAAAGCAUACUGAUCCUACUUGUGACUCGUGUGCUAUAAGUCUUGUUGCUUAUUGUACUAUUGUAAAACUGCAAAAAUAUUUAUUUUGGAUUUAUUUAUAGUAAAUAAAAUGUCCUCUUUUAACAA